AUGGAUAAACCUACGUGCCAAGUGUGUUUCAAGCUGUUUUCAAGACUCGACCAUCUCAAGAGACACCACGAAAGUGCCCAUGGCAAUACCGAAGUAGUCUGUUCCCACUGUACAAAAUUCUUUGCUAGAAGAGAUGCAUUGAGAAGACAUCUUUUGAGCUGUUCAAAAGCAGUUUAUGAUAAUCAAAAGCUAUAUCCUGAUUCCCGAUCCCUCCCAAACGAACACAAAGGUAGAAAGAGAAAGUCAUGUGACAGGUGUGUUUCUAUGAAGAAGAAGUGCAUCUUUGAAAAUUCCCACAUAUGCUCCACCUGCUUAAAACGAGGAAGUGAGUGUAAUAUAUCUCUGGUUACAUCUAUUAAUGAGUUUAUGGAAGAAUGCUAUGAGGUGGGUGCUCAGGUAGAUACUUACAACUCUCAACUGACAACCGAUUCUAGUGUGAUUACAAACUCCCCUAUUAGAUAUCCUUUUGGCGGACAUUCCUUUGAUCUAGAUGAAACCUUUAUCGGAUGGUCUCCCUUGUUUCUGCCGUUCUCUUUCAUUGAUCUGAAAUCACCGGGCCAGGUUGCUUCUGCUCUUCUGAUCAAAAUUGAAACAAUGGCUGAAAAUCUCCCUGAAGAAGUAAAGGCUUGGUUACUUAAAAGUGACAUUAUCCUGUUCAUCAACAGUUAUUUCUCAGGAUUUCACUUACACACCCCUUUUUUACAUCAACCAACAUUUGAUCCCUUGACAACACCAGACAUAUUAUUGUACUCGUUGAUUAUUGUGGGUGCUUUAUACUCAGAUGACCAUGAAGAUGUGCAAUUCGCAAGCUCUUUGCUUGUUACUGUCGAUGAUUAUAUCCAGGCUAAACUGAAAGUAUCCAAGUCCCCUGAAGAAGAACAGUUCGAUAUACUACAAGCCUACAUUUGCACUUAUACGGCCCAAACAUGGGUUGGCACAUCCGAUCAACGAGACAAUGCAAUCUUGAAAUUUCCUAAGAUUGUGAAGAUGGUUCGAAAUCAGAAUCUCACAAACAUAAGACACAAGAGUUUCUACGCUAGGACUCAAAGUGACUGGGAAAGCUGGGUAGAUACAGAGAAAAGAAUAAGGGUCGUGUACUCUGCUUGGUUACUUGACACUUCUUAUUUGAUUUUCUUUGAACAGGCGCCUAGAUUGUUUCCAGCUGAGUUGAACAUUCCAUUACCCAGCCAUCAUAAUUGGUGGGAUUCUCCAUCUUAUGAAUCCUGGCAUCUGCUAUGUUCUGAAAGACCUUUGUUUUUAGAUGUGGUGCACUCAUUGAUGAACAACGAAGACUUGCACUCACAGGUUGAAUUGUACAUGUAUGAUUUUUUCGUCCUCCUACAUGGCCUUUAUGUUAAUAUGUGGCUUUACAAACAGUUGCUCAACUCGUUCACUAUCAGUCAGGUUGCACAGCAAAAAAUGGCAUUGGAGAACUGGAGGAAAACCUGGGAAGCAUCAAUGAAAAAUAUACCUGCAAAUGAAUGGUCAAAGUUUGGAUUUUGCAGAGAUGCGAUGGAAUACUAUUGGCUUGCUCGUAUGUUUUUGGCUUCUAGAGAAGAUAAUUUGGCUCUAGACUUCCAAAAUCCAGGUUACGUUUCAAAUAAAAUUGAAGAGAUAUCCGAUUCUAAAGCUUCUGAUGAGAAAUUGCUUAGUACACUCAAAUUUAUGAAGGCUAUUAGACAUAGCAAGAUUAUUGACAAUUCUGGGAGUGUGAAAGAUCUUUUGCGGCAAGUCAAUACAAGUCAGCAGCCUCAGUUUACGAAGACGAAGGAUAUUUUUGAGUUCGUAUUAUGGAAAAAACGCAUAGAUUGCUAGC